AUGGAGGAAUCUAUUCCUCCAGACCACGAGGAACGUGACAAUGGUCAACGUACUAUACCAUCUGAGGCCACGAGGGACACUCCAACUUCUUCUCAGCCUCAAUCUCAACCAUAUCCGCCAGAAGGCCCCUUGAUGACCCAUCGAAACGACAACACUCCCUCCUCUAACGAGACUGCCAUAGCUACCAACUCCCCGGUCGAGUCAUCAUACCGAGCCAGAAGCAGACAUGUCUACAGCAUGUCGUCCGCUUCAUCGGCCACAGAUCUAUCAGAUGAAUCCGCAGCAGGAAGAACGGACUCCAAGUUCGAACCGCUCAGGGCCGCUUCAACAACUGACGAAAAGCGCCUUCAAAAGCAAAGGAGUGUGCAGUCAGAGGACGACCUGUUCAAUGUCCUGUCCCGUAGGAGAACAAGCGCUUCAGGCAAAUCCGAGGCACAGCUUCAAGAGGAAAAUGACGAAAUAGAGAGGCUCAUGUCUCGAAUGUUCGGCCAAGCUCGACAGGCGCACAGCGAAGAAGAGAAAACCCGUCACAGUGGGGUCAUAUUUCGCGACUUGACCGUGAAAGGGGUCGGGUUGGGCGCCAGCCUUCAGCCAACCGUCGGCGACAUAUUCCUCGGCCUACCGCGGCUGCUUAAGACUCUUUUCACCAAAGGCGCAAAAGCAGCGGUCGGUAAGCCCCCAGUGCGAGAACUUCUGAGCCAUCUGGACGGCUGUGUAAGACCCGGGGAGAUGCUCCUGGUUCUUGGCAGACCAGGUUCUGGCUGUUCGACCUUUCUCAAAGCGUUCUGUAAUCAGCGAGAGGGGUUCGAGGCAGUCCAAGGGGAAGUCACCUAUGGUGGCACUGACGCAAAGACUAUGAAAAGGGAUUUUCGAGGAGAAGUCAUUUACAAUCCAGAAGAUGACCUUCAUUAUCCCACAUUGACGGUCAAGCGCACUCUAAUGUUUGCCCUGAAAACUCGCACUCCGGGUAAAGAGUCGAGAUUAGAAGGUGAAUCCCGCGCAGAUUACACGAGAGAAUUCUUACGGGUUGUCACGAAAUUGUUCUGGAUCGAACACACUCUGGGCACGAAAGUUGGCGAUCAAUUUGUUCGGGGAGUCUCUGGCGGCGAAAAGAAACGAGUCAGCAUAGCAGAAGCCAUGAUCACGAGAGCUUCGGUUCAAGGCUGGGAUAACUCCAGUCGAGGUCUAGACGCAAGUACGGCACUCGAGUACGUCCAGUGUAUCCGAACCCUCACCAACAUGGCACACACUUCCACAGCAGUGUCCUUGUAUCAAGCCGGAGAGUCAUUAUACGAACUUGUGGACAAGGUCCUGUUGAUCCACGAAGGAAAGUGUUUGUACUUCGGGUUAGCUGAUGACGCCAAACAAUACUUCAUCAAUCUUGGUUUCGAAUGUAAACCACGCUGGACAACAUCUGACUUCUUAACCUCCGUCACCGAUCCGCACGCGAGGGCUGUUAGAAAAGGUUGGGAAGAUCGAAUUCCACGAAACGCAGAGGAAUUCGCUGCUAUCUACCGCAAGUCAGAGGCUUACCAACGCAACCUUCAAGACAUGAGGGACUUUGAAGCUCAAUUAGAGCAACAACGGCAAGCCCGUGGGCAGAACAUUGCAAAGGACAAGAAGAAAAAUUAUGCCAUCCCUUUUCAUAAGCAGGUCCUUGCAUGCACACAGCGGCAGUUCUUGGUCAUGCUGGGCGAUCGAGCUUCGUUGAUUGGGAAGUGGGGAGGCAUUGUAUUCCAAGGACUGAUUGUGGGAAGCUUGUUCUUCCAACAGCCAAAAACAGCCGCUGGAGCUUUCCCCAGAGGUGGUGCAAUCUUCUUUGUUCUUCUCUUCAAUGCUCUGCUGGCUUUGGCAGAAAUGACUGCUGCAUUCUCCUCCAAGCCGAUCCUCUUGAAGCAUAAAUCAUUCUCCUUCUACCGUCCCGCGGCAUACGCCCUUGCCCAAACGGUCGUCGAUAUUCCAUUGGUCGCCAUUCAGGUCGUCCUGUUCAACGUCAUCAUAUACUGGAUGGCCGGGCUUGCCGCUUCUGCUUCCCAAUUCUUCAUCUCCUGUCUCAUAAUCUGGACCGUCACGAUGGUCACCUACGCUUAUUUUCGCAUGCUUGCCGCCCUCUGCAAGACUCUGGACGAUGCCACUCGAUUUACUGGUGUCUCGAUCCAGAUAUUGGUUGUGUAUACGGGCUACCUCAUUCCACCCGAUCAGAUGCGUGUUUGGUUCAGCUGGCUUCGACGAAUUAAUUGGAUACAGUACGGAUUCGAAUGUUUGAUGUCCAAUGAAUUUACUGGUCUGAUCAUGGAUUGUGUGCCUCCUUUUCUGGUCCCUCAGGGUCCCAAUGCACGGCCUCAGUACCAGUCAUGCACCUUGGCUGGGAGUGAACCGGGCCAAACAUCUGUAAACGGAGCUCGAUACAUUCAGCAGGCUUUCGGGUAUAGUCGUACCCAUCUCUGGCGCAAUUUCGGUUUCCUAUGGGCCUUCUUCGCAUUCUUCCUUGCAGUGGCCGCUUUUGGCAUGGAAAAAAUGAAGCCUAAUGCAGGUGGUGGCGCUAUUACCGUCUUCAAGCGUGGACAGGUCCCCAAGAAAGUGGAACAGGCCAUUGAAACAGGCGGCCGAGACAAGAAUUCUGAACACGACGAGGAAUCCGGGAAUUCGACCCCAGCAAAUCUGGUGGAGAAGGUUAUAUCUCCUGGUAGCGAAAGCAUCGAGUCUAGGGGAACGACGCAGGACAAACAUCUGCUAGAACAUGUGGCCAAGAACGAGACAGUAUACACCUUCCGGGACGUCAACUAUACUAUUCCCUACGAGAAAGGCCAGCGGAAGCUGCUCCAAAACGUUCAAGGAUACAUUCGUCCGGGUAGACUCACCGCCUUGAUGGGCGCCAGUGGUGCAGGGAAGACGACAUUGUUGAAUACGCUUGCACAGCGCGUCAACUUCGGCACAGUGACAGGCGAAUUUCUUGUCGACGGACGGCCGUUGCCCAAGUCUUUUCAGCGUGCUACAGGAUUUGCAGAGCAGAUGGAUAUUCACGAACCGACCUCAACCGUGAGAGAAGCGCUUCAAUUCUCGGCUCUACUCCGACAACCGAAAGAAGUACCUAUCCAGGACAAGUAUGCGUAUUGCGAGACAAUCAUUGACCUACUCGAGAUGCGAGACAUUGCGGGAGCAACGAUCGGAACAAUUGGCCAAGGCCUCAACCAGGAACAGAGGAAACGACUGACUAUCGGUGUCGAGCUAGCUAGUAAACCCGAGCUUCUUAUGUUCUUGGAUGAACCCACGUCAGGCCUUGAUUCUGGCGCGGCAUUCAACAUUGUGAGAUUCUUGAGGAAGUUAGCAGAUGCUGGUCAAGCUAUCCUCUGCACGAUUCAUCAGCCGUCGGCGGUCCUCUUCGAACAUUUUGACGAGCUCAUCUUGCUCAAGUCUGGUGGUCGAGUUGUAUAUCAUGGCCCUCUUGGUCAUGACUCGCAAGAGCUCAUUCACUACUUCGAGGAGAACGGAGCCCGAAAAUGUCCUCCAGAUGCAAAUCCUGCAGAGUACAUGCUUGAGGUGAUUGGCGCGGGCGAUCCCAACUACAAAGGCAAAGACUGGGGUGAUGUUUGGGAACAAAGCACCGGCUAUCAAGCUCGAUCUGACGAGAUAUCCGAGAUGAUCGAACGCAGAAAGAACGUCGAACAUAGCAAGAAUGUCAGGGACGACAGGGAAUACGCCAUGCCAAUUGCGACGCAGACUAAGGCGGUAGUCAAGAGGUCGUUCACUGCAUACUGGCGGACACCCAACUAUAUCCUCGGCAAGUUCAUCCUGCAUAUCAUGACCGGCUUAUUCACCACCUUCACUUUUUACCACCUUGGCUUUGCCUCCAUCGACAUGCAAUCACGUCUCUUUGCUGUUUUCCUGGUGCUCACAAUCUCGCCACCGCUCAUUCAGCAGCUGCAGCCUGUGUUCAUUCACUCUCGGGACAUAUUUCGAUCCCGAGAGAACAACGCAAAGAUUUACAGCUGGUUUGCUUGGACGACAGGUGCUGUUCUUGCCGAGAUCCCCUACUCAUUGAUUGCCGGAGCCGUCUUUUACUGCUGUUGGUGGUUUGGAAUCGCCGGUUAUCGUUCUUCAACCUCGUCUUUCACCUCAGGAUUCCUAUUGCUGUGUAUACUACUCUUCGAGUUGUACUAUAUCAGCUUUGGUCAGGCUAUCGCUUCAUUCGCGCCCAACGAAUUGCUUGCGAGUCUCUUGGUGCCAGUCUUUUUCCUAUUCGUCGUGAGCUUCUGUGGUGUCGUCGUACCACCGCAACAGUUGCCCGAAUUUUGGCGGAGCUGGAUGUAUUGGCUGACGCCGUUCCACUAUCUUCUCGAGGCUAUGCUGGGGGCAAUCAUUCACAAUCAGCCUGUUCGCUGCAACCAGGGAGAGUUCGCUCGAUUCAGUGCGCCACCGGGCUAUACCUGCCAGUCCUAUACUCAAAAAUUUAUUUCCCAAGCCGGCGGCUACGUCCAGGUCGGAGCCGAUGGUUUUUGCGAGUUCUGCCAGUAUGCGACUGGGGACCAAUUUGGACAGCGGUUUUCCGUAUACUACUCUCACCAUUGGCGCGACUUCGGCAUUUUUAUUGGGUUCAUCGUGUUCAACUACGCCGUCGUUUAUGCGAUAACGUUCUUGAGGUUCAAGGGGAGAAAUCCGUUCAAGACGUUGCUGAUGAAAAGGAAGAAGGUGGACGGUUAA